AUGGCGGCGCUCCCCGACAGCGCUCCCGACAUGGCGGGCGGCGCGCAGCCGGGCGCGGAGCCGGCCCGCGUGGUGGAGGCGCUGGAGCUGCUGCUGGGGCCGCCCAGCGCCGUGGCCGCGCUGGUCGAGCUGGCCCGGCUGCCGGCCCUGGGCGCCCCGCUGCUCGCCCGGCACCUCCGUCUGCUGCUCUGCGGGCUCUGCGGGCUGGGGCACGGCCCCGCCGCGCUCUGCCAGGGUGUUUCGGAAGCGGAGCGAGCGCAGUGCCGGGAAGCCCUGAGGGACAUCCUGGACCGUGUUUACCAGCCGCUGGCGGUGCAGGAGCUGCUCGUCCUGCAGGGACAGCCCAAGCAGAGGUGUCCGGGUGCCGGGGCAGCCCCGGCCUGGCUGCGGCGGCUCUGCGGGCACCUGCUCUCCGAGAGGCUGCUGAGGCCAGGCGGGGUGCAGGCCGUGGUUCGGGGUGUCUUGGAGGGCACAGACGGUGGUGCUGGUGCUGAAGCAGCAGCUCUGGACUGGAGGAAAUGUGAUGCAGUUGGGAAGAUCCUGGCUGCCUGCCCCCAGCAGUGCCUGUCCCUCGAGGACUACUACAGACAGGUGUGCCCCCAGAUUCUGGACUUGCUGCACAUGCAGGACAAAGUGGCAGCGCGGCAGUUCCAGCGUGUGGCCACCACCACGCUGCUCAGCAUGGCCAGGGAGCAGCCAGAGCUGGCAGAGAGGCACCUGCUGCAGCCCCUGCUGGCACCGCUCCGCCGCUGCUGCCAGGCCACAGAGCUGGCACUGCAGGAUUUGACAGCAGGGGCCGUGCUGGUGCCAGAGGCAGAGCUGGGCAGCUGUGUGGAAGACGUGCUCAAGGUAUAUGUGGUUGGGAAUGACAGCUCGAGCCUGCUGCUGGGAUCCUUGCAGCCAGUCCUGGGAGUGGUGUUUUCCCUCUAUUCCUUCGCCAAGCAGAAUGUGUCAUACUUACGCUCCCCAUGCCAGGACAUCCUGCUGUGGUUCCUGGAGAAGGCAGAGCGGGAGCAGUCCCUGGCUGUGCUGGAAAGCCUGGCUGGGCUGAGCAGCCACGUGCCCACCCUACACCCACAGUGCCAGCUCCGUGUGGGCAGCGAGGGCGGUGCUGCCAUCGUCCUGGAGGAAACCGUCAGUGAUGAAGACGAGGCCCUGUACCAGAAGAUCUCCUUGGAGCAGUGCCAUGUGGAGAGCUUGGUGGAGCUCCUGUCCCACUGCCAGAAGAGUGGUCUGGCAGGAGACUUCUUCAUCCACUGCCUGAAGGAGCUGACUCAGGUGGCUGCGGAGGAUGAGGAGGCUCCAAACCCAGCUGUGGAGCCUGGAGGGAGUUUGCUGGAGCUGGAGCAGUACCAGGCCAGGCAGGGGAGGAGGCUGCUGGUGCUGCAGCUGGUGGCUGCGCUGUGCGAGGGCGUCUCCGACACCGUGUUCACUGACAUUGUGCAGGUGCAGGAGUUCCUGGCGGCCGUGCUGCAGCGGGCCUGUGCCCACCCUGCGCGGGGCCCCGGCGCGGCGGCCGAGGCGCAGACCCUCGCCAUGGCCAUGGGGCUGGUGGCCGCCGUGCUCGGCGGGGCCGUCCAGCUGAAAUCCAGCGAUUUCGCGGUGCUGAAGCGGCUGGUGCCGCUGCUGGAGGAGCUGUCCCGCACCUACCCCGAGCCCCUCACCCAGGAGCUGGCCUCGGACCUGCGCAUCGCCAUCCUCACCCACGGCGCCUGCUCCCCCGGCACGCUGGGCAGCGCUGCUGACGCUGUGCUGGGCAGGACGGCUGGCACGGCAGCACAGAGCCCUGCUGGCACAGCAGCACAGAGCCCUGCUGGCACAGCAGCACAGAGCCCUGGUGGCACUGCCGCACAGAGCCCUGGUGGCACGGCCACACAGAGCCCUGGUGGCACAGCCACACAGAGCCCUGGUGGCACGGCAGCACAGAGCCCUGGUGGCACAGCCACACAGAGCCCUGGUGGCACGGCAGCACAGAGCCCUGGUGGCACGGCAGCACAGAGCCCUGGUGGCACGGCCGCACAGAGCCCUGCUGGCACAGCCCCCGGCCCCCCAGCGCCGCACCACGGACACGGCAGCCCCUCGGCUCGCAGGGAGAGGAGCAAGGAGCAGAGCACGGGCCGUGAGCCCGGUGCCUCUCCAGCCCCAGGUGCCGACAGCCUGGCCCCGGCUGGGCUCCAGGAGCUGCUGGUGUCAGCCUACGACCCCCAGCCCCCCAGCCGGGCAGCUGCCCUGCGCCGCCUCGCCAGCCUGGUCACCCAGCGGGAUCCAGAGGCACUUCGGCUUCAGGAGAAGCUGCUCCAGGUGUUCCUGGAGAAUGUGCAGCAUGAGGACGCCUUUGUCUACCUCUCAGCCAUCCAAGGCAUUGCCCUGCUCUCCAGUGAGUAUCCAGAGCGGAUUCUGCCCGUCCUGCUGGCACAGUACGAGUGCCCAGCGCAGGGCAGAGAGGACACCAUGGCCGCUGUCACCAGGAUGAAGCUGGGCGAGGUGCUGAUGCGUGUCACCCGGGCGCUGGGGGACAUGGUGUUCCAGCACCGGGAGCCGCUGAUCCACGCCUUCCUGCGGGGUGCCCGGGAUCCCGACAGUGCCCUGCGGGCCAGCAGCCUCUCCAACCUGGGCGAGCUCUGCCAGCACCUGGGCUUCCAGCUGGGGUCCAUCAUCCAGGAGGUCACCUGCUGUGUGACGGCCAUAGCCCGGUCAGACCCCGAGGCUGAAGUGCGAAGAGCCGCUGUGCACGUGGUGGUGCUGCUGCUACGGGGGCUGAGUGAGAAGGUCACUGAGGUGCUGCGGGACGUGCUGCGGGACCUGUACCGCCUGCUGAAGCACGUGGCCGCGGCCGAGCGCGACGCCGCGACGCUGCUGCACGCGCAGCUGGCGCUGCAGGAGCUGGAUGCCGCCGUGAGGAGGGUCCUGUUCCCCCCGCAGACGCUGGAGAAGAAGAUCGUCGUGCUGCCAUAGUGGGGCCGAGCCCGUGGAAGUGAACUGCUCCUCUCUGGGGCCGGUGGCUCCCCCAGGGAAGGGCUGGCCGUGCCCUCCAGGAUGCCGCUGGCGGUGUCGGAGGGCAGGGGAGCCUCGCUGGGACGAGGUGUGGGAUUAAACUGAGACGUGCUCA